CAAAUACGCCCCUCCACACCCUGAUAGAAACAGAAUAAAAUACGUUCUCUCUGCUUAACUUGAUUAUUGCACUGCGUAUUUCAGCUGAAGAUUGCAAACAGCUCAUCUGAUUUUGUAAUGGGAGCAUUUUUUUUUUUUUACAAAACAAAAGAAUAAGUGAUUACUCAAAAGUUUAAUUAAAAUCAAAUCUGGGUUUACGGUUCAGUUCUGCAAUCAUGGUACUGACUGCGGUGUUGGUGUUUCUCAGUGCACUGGGACCUGUUAUAGCAAUUCGACUGGAUGGAAAUGGGUACACUGAUAUUCUCAUUGUUAUCAACCCAUGGGUGCAAGAGAAUGAAGAACUGAUCAAUCAGACCAAGGAAAUGAUCAUCAGUGGAUCAAAUUAUCUAUUUGAAGCUUUAGACCACAAGGUGUUCUUCAAGGAGGUGAAAAUACUUGUCCCACCAAACUGGACGACAGGAAAGUAUGAGAAAGCAAGAAAUGAAUCCUAUGAAAAGGGCAGAAUAAUAAUUGACAACCCACAUCCUUCAUUUGGUGAUGAUCCAUACACUCGUCAGACCAAAGGCUGUGGAGAGGAGGGUGAAUACAUUCAUUUCACACCAAACUUCUUGUUAAACAAUGAUCUCAUCCAAGUAUAUGGACCUCGAGGACGGGUUUUUGUGCAUGAAUGGGCUCACCUCAGAUGGGGGGUAUUUGAUGAAUAUAAUAAGAAAGAACCCUUCUAUGAGAAGCUUGGUGAAAUUCUACCAACAAGGUGUACUGAGAAGAUUACUGGCCAGUGGCAUGAAAUUAUUCACCAACAAACUCGACCUUGCCGAUUUAAUGCAAAUGGAAAACCAACAUCCCACUGCGAAUUCCUUCCAUAUAAAGUGCAAGAGACAAAUGCUUCAAUAAUGUACCUACAAAGUUUAGAAUCUGUAAAAGCAUUUUGUCAAGAAGGGGAACACAACAUUGAAGCUCCCAAUGAGCAGAACACGAAGUGUUCAAACAAAGCCACACAAACCGUCAUCUUUCAGGAUUCUGUGGACAAAGAUACCCUUCAAAAUCUAAAGUCUCUUCCAUCUGCACCACCAACUCCAACGUUCAAAGUCAUACAGAGGGGACCUCGGGUUGUCUGCCUCAUCCUUGAUGUCUCAGGAAGCAUGCAGGGUUCAAAAAUAAAAAACCAACGCCGAUCUGCCACAGUUUUGUUAAACCAGUGUAUAAAAGAAAAAGAGACUGUGGGGCUUGUGACAUUUAGUUCUGAUGCUCAAGUACUAAGCCCGUUGACUUUAAUAGAUGGACAGGCUUCAAGAGACAAUCUAAUAAACAAGUUGCCAACAGUUGCAAACGGAGGUACUCAAAUCUGUAAAGGCCUCAGAAAAGGCUUAGAGCUUCUUCAAUCAAAUGAUAAGACAGCAAUUGGAGAUGAAAUAAUUUUUCUGACAGAUGGGGAAGCAGGUGAUAAUGUUGGAGCUUGUUUACAAGAAGCUGUUGACAGUGGUGCAAUCAUUCACACUAUAGCACUUGGCCCAACUGCAGACCCGGUAUUGAAAACCAUGGCAGAGAGAACAGGGGGAGAAUUUAAAGUAGCAAGUGAGUCUGUUGUUUCCAACGAGCUUCUGGAUGCCUUUUGCUCAAUUACAAUGUUUGAUGGGAAUCCAAUCGCUCAGCCCAUUCAGCUUGAAAGCACUGCAAAGAAUGUUGCAGAUUGGUUUAAUGGAACAGUUCCCAUUGACCGGACUAUAGGAAAUAACACCGCCUUUACAAUCACCCAUGAAAGAAGUGCACCCACUGUGUACAUAAAGUCACCAAGUGGUUUGGUUUACGACCAGAGAAACACCUCUAGCAUUGCUAGUACAAUCACUUUUACUGUUCCAGGAACUGCAGAGCCUGGAGACUGGAAAUAUAGCUUCCUCAAUAAUGAAUCACCUGUUCAGGCAAUAGGUUUAAUAGUAAUGAGUCGAGCGGCCCGUGAAGAUGUUCACCCAGUCACAGUUACAGCCAGAAUGAACCAACAGACCAGUGAUGGCACCAAACCCAUGGUCGUGUUGGCUGAGGUCAGUCAGAAUUAUAAUCCUGUGGUGGGGGUCACUGUUUGGGCGAACCUGGCAUCAGAUACUGGGCACUCAGUACAACUGGAGCUACUUGAUAACGGAGCAGGAGCUGAUACUUUCAAAGACGAUGGUGUCUAUUCCAGAUAUUUUACAAAAUUAAAACGUGGAAAAUACAGUCUGAAAGUGAGAGUGGAAAAUCAACAUGGAGGAGUCCAACUUUCCUCACGCAGACACAGUGGUGCUCUGUAUGUCCCUGGAUAUAUUGUGGAUGGUAAAGUGAAAUUAAACCCUCCUAAGCCCACAAUAAAUGUGCCACCAGUAGAUGUGGGAAACUUCACCAGAACAAAAACUGGGGAGAGUUUUGUGGUGGAAGCAGAUGGACCUUCAAACUUUCCUCCAAACAAGAUCACAGAUCUGACUGCGAAAAUACAGAAGGGCAUCAUCCUUCUCAACUGGACGGCUCCUGGUGAGGAUUUUGAUGAGGGAAAAGCCCAAUCCUAUGAAAUCAGAUGGAGUGAAGAUUUGAAGAUGCUUCAGAAUAACUUCAACAGCACGAAUCUGGUGAACACUUCAGCACUUGUGCCUCAAGUGUCAGGAUCACCUGAACAUCACUCUUUCAAGCCUAAUAUUACAAUUCAAAAUGGCACCACGGUUUUCAUUGCUGUUCAGUCACUGGACCACCAGUCAGCAAGGUCAGAGAUAUCAAAUAUUGCUCAAGCAAAAAAUGAUGCUCAAAGUCCCAGACCCCCACCAUUAACCUUAGUCCUACCCCUGCCCCUACUCCUAACCCUAACUUUAAUCCAAGUCUCAAUGUGACUGCGAUCAUUGCCUCAGAUUGUGUAGUGACCAUCUGGCGACCAUGUGUUUGAGCUGUGGUCAUCACAUGGACAAUGAAAAAAAUAUAUAUAUUAGUUAGUCCUUAGUUUAAUAGAACAAGGUCUACACCAAGACUACAAGCUCAAACAUUCUAUUCUGAUUUGUUCUUCACAUACGAUUUAUUAUUUUUUCCUUUGAAUUUAAUUUUUUAUUACAACUUCCAUUCCGGGCGGCACGGUGGUGUAGUGAGCGCUGUCGCCUCACAGCAAGAAGGUCCGGGUUCGAGCCCCGUGGCCGGCGAGGGCCUUUCUGUGCGGAGUUUGCAUGUUCUCCCUGUGUCUGCGUGGGUUUCCUCCGGGUGCUCCGGUUUCCCCCACAGUCCAAAGACAUGCAGGUUAGGUUAACUGGUGACUCUAAAUUGGCCGUAGGUGUGAAUGUGAGUGUGAAUGGUUGUCUGUGUCUAUGUGUCAGCCCUGUGAUGACCUGGCGACUUGUCCAGGGUGUACCCCGCCUUUCGCCUAUAGUCAGCUGGGAUAGGCUCCAGCUUGCCUGCAACCCUGUAGAACAGGAUAAAGCGGCUAGAGAUAAUGAGAUGAGAUGAGAUGAGAUACCUCCCAUUCCAAAAAUUUGGGACACUGUGUAAAACAUAAACAGAACGUGAAGAUGUGCAAAUCAUAGAAACCCUAUAUUUCAUUGAAAAUAGUACAAAGACAACAUAUCAAAUGUUGAAACAGAGAAAUUUUAUUGUUUUUUGAAAAAUAUAUGCUCAUUUUUAAAUUUGAAGUCAGCAACAUGUUUCAGAAAAGUUGGGACAGGGGCAAGAAAAGACUGAAAAAGUUAUGUGAUGUUCAAAAACACUAAUUUGGGUUAAUUCUUCAAACUUUUCCACUCCUCUUGAGCUGGAAUUAUGUUAUAGAUUUAUUUAAAUGUUGGGAGAGGGUUCUCACUGGGUUUUGAAAAUAUUCUCGUUUUUCCUUGAAAAAUAAAAGCUCAAUAAGUAUUUUUCA